AUGAUGCAGCUCUACACGUCGCGCGACCUUCUGGCCUGCGGCUGCUUCCUGUGGGGCGCGGUCACGUUCAUGAUCGCCACAAGUUCCAACUACGUCGUGCAUCUGUUGCUGCGGCUAGUCAUGGGGGCUGCCUUGGCAGUUGUGGCGCCUAUUGGCCAGGCAAUGCUUUGCGAUCUCGUCCCUGAAGCCGAGCGCGGCUGGGUCUUCGGAGUGUUGCAGUCUGUUUCUACUCUGCUGAGCGUUGGCGUGACCUUCAUCACCACAGGCUUUGCAAGGGCGAUUGUCGCUGGGGUGCAUGGCUGGCGAUACAUCUAUGCUGCUGUUGGCCUAAUCUCGCUGCUGACCGUGGUGGCCAUUCUUAGGGUCAUCCCCGCAACCCUCGCCUCUCCGAGCAUGGGGCGGAAGGGACGCUCCUGGUGGGAGGAACAGGUACGCGUGGUGCAGCUGGUGUUACAAAAGCCAUCAUUCACCAUCAUGGUGUCUCAAGGUGUCACCGGCGGAAUUCCUUGGAAUGGCUUCGCCUUUCUCCCGCUCUAUUUUCAGUUGAGCGGAUUUAGCGACCUCCGAUCUGGUGAGAUAAUGCUGUACGGAGGCCUUGGCGGAAUGUUCGGCGGUGUUUUCGGUGGCUGGCUGGGUGACCGCUUGAACCGCGUCUGGCCCUACGGGGGACGCUGCGCUGUGGCGCAGCUGUCGGUUGUCCUGGGAACGCUUUUCUUCGUGGCCGCGCCGUGUCCAAGAAAUCUGGAAGUUUGUGGCGCAAAUGUUCAAAUUGGGAGAUCGUAA